AUGGAAGUAAACAAGAUAUCGCUGUUGAUAUUCCACAUCCUGUUCGCCGCGGCCGCCGCCGAUUUCACCGCGAACUGUCCGCAAGAAUGCAAGUGCGUGUGGGCGAGUGGCAACAAGCAGGCCGACUGCUCCGAAUCAAACUUUCACGACAUCCCGAAGACACUCAGCGCCGAAAUACAAAUACUCGACCUAACGGGAAACGAACUAUACGAAAUAACGAGGCACGCCUUCGAGGACGUUAGACUGAUCAAUCUUAAGAAGCUAAUCCUGAGGGAGUGCAAGCUGAUAACCAUACACAAGAGUGGGCUGAGCGGCCUCGCCAUCAUGAUCGAACUGGACCUCUCGAAGAACGAUCUCAAGACGCUCCACGCCGAUACGUUCAGGGAGACUUCGAAGAUCAGGUGGAUAUUGCUCAACGACAAUCAGAUCGAGAAGCUGGAGGACGGGCUGUUCAAUAACCUGCCCUUCCUGCAGAAAGUGGACUUGAGCAAUAACAGAAUAGUGCAAUUGGGCUUGAAGACGUUCAUGAACGUUCCGAAACUGAACAUCCUGAGGCUCGACGGGAACAAGUUGGAGCAUUUGAAGAUCGACACUUUAAGCGCACUAACAUCGCUAUCUAACUUGGACGUGCACGACAACCCCUGGCGGUGCGAUUGCUACCUACAGCCGUUCAGAAACUGGGUCAUAAGCAAGAACCUAUACACUUCACCAAUAGCAUGCAGCGAGCCGGCGAAGGUUCACGGGAAACUGUGGAAAGAAUUAGAUUCGAGCGACUUUGCUUGCAGGCCGAGCAUCGUUUAUCCAUCUGCAAAAACCACGCUGCGUGCUUCAGAUACGAACGUGACCCUAUCCUGUCAGGUAGAUGGCAACCCUCUGCCGGAAGUAAAUUGGGUGUUGAACGCCCAAAUUAUAGACGGCACGUACAGGUACCAAGGUGAGGUCAAAUACUACAUCACUCAAAGUAGCUCGGAGAACAGCAAAUGGGUGAACCUGACGAUCAUCGACGUUGGUACCACCGACAACGGUGAAUACUUAUGCGUUGCCAAGAACCCCGGAGGUGUGGAAGAACAGAGUCUAAUUCUAAAUAUAGCGCCAACUACUCCUGGAAUCGUCGUUCCACCCGGCAUGGACAAUAACAUGCUGCCAGUUUUGAUCGGAGUGUCCUGCACGGCGGCCAUUUUGUUAAUCCUCUUAGUGAUACUCUGCUACUGCUGCUGUCGAAGGCGAAGCUCGGAGAAGAAGAAAGCGGACGCGUCGAAUGGAGAAGCGCUGAUAGAGGGCUCGGUGAUACCGGAGAUGGAGAAGAGUUUGAUAACGGCGGUUAACCCCGUGACUAAACCUCCAAGGCGGUACGAUAUGCCCCCGUCUAUUACAAGCGGGGCCACGGAAAUGUCGGAAUUGAACAAAACGCUGUUGGACAAUGACUCAGUUUUUGCUCACAACGACGACGAGAAACGUUCACUGGACUUCGAGCAGCAAACGAAACGAUCUCAAGACGCUCUCAACGCAGAUUACGGCCGAAACGAUGGCCGCGCCUACCCGCCAGAUCUGCUAUCGUUCCCCGCGAGAGCGGCUCAGAUAUCUCCAGCCGCGAGCAACGCUUCCACCGUUCCGGACACGAGCAGGCUGCAAAUAAACCCCGUGAGUCCGAUCCACUCGCCGAUCUACGGCGUGGCGACCAAUCAAAACCUGUUCAGAACGCUACCCUAUUCGCGAUCCCAGUCACCGUUCACGGCACCCAUAACCCCGCCGAACAUCCCGCCGAGGCAGGGCUACGUCACCAUACCAAGGAGGCCCAGAGUACCCAGCUGGUCGAGCACGGCCAGCACACAAAUUCUCCCCAGCACCGAAGCGCAGGAGCCACUCUACGAUAACUUGGGCCUCAGGACAACGGCCGACGGCAGUUCCGUUCUAUCUCUGAACAAGGCCGGACUAGAACAACAGUUCUCGCCCAUGAGGAAUCGACCACUGCCAGCCACACCCACGGUGUACCCCAACCCUCACCAGCUGUACUACGCCCCGAUCGAGGAGCAGGAACCGGCGCCGUCCCCCGUGCCACCUUUCAUGACGAACAGGAACAGCAUCAGCUCGCAACUUUCCACGCAACUGUCCACCCCCGGACCGCAAGAGCCCGUCAGCCAACGCAUGAGCUGGACAGCGAAGAGCACCUCGACGCCUCAGCCUGAGCCGAGGAAAGCCCUUUUCGCGGAUAACCGAAGUCAUGACGCCCAAUCACAGGCCUCAGAAACCAGCACUUUGAGCCGCAAAGGCAAACCCGAGACUGGGUCGCUGAGGAAAAAUGUGAGGACCGACAGCAAAGAGGAUCCCACAUCGCCAUCGAAGGAUGACCCUCGAAAGGCCGAGAGCAACGUAUCAUUGAACCAAUCAGGCACGCUGGGCAGGAGUGGCAAGAUCCCCCCGCGGCCGCCACCCAAACCCAAGAAAAAACCACCCACAGAAGUCAACCCGAACGAACCACUCUUCGAGGACGAAGGAGAGGACGGCACGGAAGUG